AUGCCAAACUUUCCCUACAAACUCCACAAACUGUUGGAGCGAGUGGAGGAAGAUGAGGAGCUCAAAUCAAUAAUAUCAUGGUUGCCAGAUGGCAAAACCUUCAGGAUUCACUCGCAAGAAGCCUUUGAGAAGCGAUUGCUGAGAGAAUACUUUCCUCGACAGACUCAAGUAAAGUCGUUCAUGAGGCAACUGCAGUACUACGACUUUGAAAACUUUGGUGAAGGCAUCUUCCGGCAUCGUUGCUUUGUUCGCGGACAACGGAACCUCUGUGGACAAAUCAUGCAUCAAUUACCAACCAAGAAUCAAAAGAAGUCUGGAAAAUCAACCAGACCGCUCAAGACACGAGGACGUAAAAAGAAGACCACGACGUUGGCAGCCAGCGAUCCUGGCAGUGCUGGUAGUACUACAUCACAGCCAGCAGAGGCUUCUAAUGGAGUUGCUUCAGUUUCUGCUCAUCGAACCUCGUCUCCUCAGCCUUCAUUGGGAGGUGGAUCGAACUCCAAUACCUCUGUUUCAUCUGACUCUUCCGAAUCCACUCACAGCGAAACCAACAUCACUCAUGAACAGGUAGAGGAACAUCAGAAGAAGAAAGCCAGGCCUCAUGUUGAACCUGCUUCAGCAAAGCCACCACACGUUUCAUUGCCAACCGCCUGUUUGCAAGGAGUCCAACUAGCAUCAGGUCAUGUACAAAACGAUGCAGGGCGGGGAUUUCCUCUUCAUAAUCCAAUGUCGACGAUCCCAUCUUCUCAACAAAGUUUUGCACAACAGCUAUUGGGGCAACACAGUUUGUUUGCAGCUCAAAAUGUAAUGUCAAACUACCGUUCCGGUCUACAAGCAGAGGAGCUACUGCUCAGUUCCAUGUUGCACAAUCAGCGCUAUCUUGCCACCAUGCUGCAAGCACAACAACAGCAGCAGCAGCAACAACAACAACAACAGCUAUCACAGCAACCAACACAGCAAAUGCCUCAUCCUCCUUCGAUUCAAGGAGGAAUGAUCCCACCACAAGGAGUACAACUUCCCUUGCCAAACACCAACAAUCGCUUUUUGGAUUCCCGUCUUCCCCAACCCUUUACUUCCAGUCAUUUAGAACGAUUACGAGCCAAUGCUAUUUCCAAUCAUUUGAGGAACAUGUCCUCCCUGACUACUUCGCCCUCAUCACGACACCGAAAGAAGGAAGAGUUCUCCUCUUCUUCUCCGAACAAGAAGCGAGGAUUUAGUAGUGGUGGUGAUGAUGAUGAUGAUGAUGAUUUUGACAGCAGGAACAAGAAAGGAUCCGCUUCCUCGCAUCAUCAGCAGCAGCGUCAUUAA